CGCCCUGCGAGCGCUCCCUCCUGCCGCGGCGGCCGAAAAGGUGAUGGGCGUGGAAGAGAAGCUGGAUUAAUCUUAUCUAGCGGUUUGUUUCCAUAAUGAUGAAGCGGGACCUGAAGUAAGCUAUGCAGGCAGAGAGGAAGCUAAACUUCUGUUAAGUUGGUGCAUGAACGUCAUGUUUUUCAGGCUUAAAAUGAACAAAUAAACUACAGGGCUUAACGUUGGAAUAACCUUUAAAGAAACAAUAACUUGCAGAUGCCAAGGAAGGGUUAAAGGGAUGUCUAGGCUACUUUCCGCUGAAGUCACCGUACUUAAACGAUCUUCUUAUUGCAGUCGGGCAGUUUGCAACUCGCAGGGUUGCGACACCUGCACUUGUUUCAUGUUUAAAGCCAGUAUUAAUGCGAUGCCCCUUGCUUUUUGUAAAGAGGAUUUCUGGAAAUAUAAGCGGUAACCUCCUCCAUCACCUGUUGGCACUGAGGCUGUGAAUCUUCUGGUCGAGAGGAAGGACUGUCACCCUUGGCUGGUAGCGUGAAGUCAUGGCUAUCCUGUUCGCUGUUGUGGCAAGGGGCACAACCAUCCUUGCCAAACAUGCCUGGUGCGGAGGAAACUUCCUGGAGGUGACAGAGCAGAUCCUGGCAAAAAUACCAUCUGAAAACAACAAACUGACCUAUUCACAUGGGAAUUAUCUGUUUCAUUACAUCUGCCAAGACAGGAUUAUAUACCUCUGCAUCACAGAUGAUGACUUUGAACGAUCCAGAGCUUUCAGCUUCCUGAAUGAAAUCAAGAAGAGGUUUCAGACCACAUACGGCUCAAGAGCACAGACGGCCCUUCCCUAUGCAAUGAACAGCGAGUUCUCAAGUGUCUUAGCUGCACAGCUGAAGUACCACUCGGAGAGCAAGGGCACUGACCAGGUGGCAGAGACGCAAGCUCAAGUCGAUGAACUUAAAGGAAUCAUGGUUCGAAACAUAGACCUUGUGGCACAAAGAGGAGAGAAGCUGGAGUUGCUGAUCGAUAAAACGGAGAAUCUUGUGGAUUCGUCAGUCACUUUCAAAACUACCAGCAGGAACCUUGCUAGAGCCAUGUGUAUGAAGAACCUCAAGCUUACCAUCGUCAUCGUCAUCCUAUCUAUUGUUGUCCUCUAUAUCAUUCUGUCGGUCGCCUGUGAUGGGCUUGCAUGGCCAAGCUGUGUGCAGAAGUAACUGGAGGCAGCUGGUGCUGGUCACUUGGAGAUGAGAAUCACACGAGUGUGAAGAAGCAACCUACGGAAUAACUCUUAAUCUUUCACUACCGACACCUUCUCAUUCUUCCAUCCCUCCAGGACUUCAGACGUUUUUGCCUUAUCACCCCAAACAGGCCCAGCCGGUCACUGCUUCUCUGCAGCUGUAACCUCAAGAAUGGGCCGUUUUAAAUUACUUGAAGGGAUUUUCUUUUCUUGUUUCUUUUUCUGUCCCAACUACAACCUUCUCAGCUGGGUGGGCUGUCUGUCCAGCUCUGGAGGGCUACGUGCAUGCUCGCCCGCGUGUCCAUGUGGCUUUGCACUUUGAUGUGAGCGUGCAGGUGGAGGACAGCACUGCUAGCCACCGUCCUGGCCGUGAGGAUGGUGGUGGAGGGUAGUUCGGGGUGGGCUGAACAAGCUAACGGGCGAGGAACAAGGUGGGUGUAUGUGGGAAUUUCCACUUUCUACAAAUACCGGCGCUCCAGGUGCCUCUCCCUGCACAUCUCGCUGCGCGUGGCUCUGUCGUGUUUCAACAUGUAGAGGCUGCAGAUGUAAUAUAGGUGGUAACAAAAAGAAUGGCUCGUGGGCUAAGAUGUAGGUGCUGCUUCUGUAUGAAAUCUCCCUUUUCCUGGAGGUCUUUCUGCAGGUGGUAGGAGAGGGGCUCAGCAUUUUGAAAUGGCUGCCUCUUCAUCCUCACUUCUUCCUCAUCUCCCCCCCUUAAUUUGUGGCUAAAUCAAUACAGUAAAGGAGAUGGUUGCAUAUAGUUAUGGUUGCAGUAAUGUAUCUGCUUUCUCACAUGUUAUCUCUCCUCUUCUUUUGAGGGUGGACUAAAAUGAAUACUAAUGUUAUCACUUGCGAAGGUGGAAUUGGGGGCCAAUCUAUUGAUCUGGCUCGGUAUAAGGUGUCAGGUAUCUGCUGCUUGUGCUUCUACUCUGAAGGUGUGUGCUAAAAACUGAGGACAGAGAAGGGACAGAAGGUUGGAGUUGAUGGAUGGUUACUUUCUCUAUGGUCUGAAGAAGCAAGGCUCUUUCAGAGGAUGUAGUAACAUGUACUCCUCUGAAAACAACCAAAACCAACCAAACCCAAGGCUAAUAACCAAAUGUAGGGCCAGGUGUGCUGACAAUGGGCUGCUCUGGGAGGACAGGAACUGCUCGGCCUGCUCUUGGAAGCUGUGAAUGCCCUAUUUCUGUCCCAGCCGGACAUCUGAAGGGUCAGGCCAGUCCUGGCUGACGGGAGCCAAAGCUGCUGUUGCCUGGGGUGAGGGGUGCAGCACCUUUGGUCUUAGAUCUUACAGGCUUGCUUCUGAGAGAACUAGAAACAACUGAAAUGUCAUAAAAGCAUCAGCUGGUCUACAAAGGAAGCUGCAUCUUUUUGGCCCAGGGGAGUGGCCCCUAAGGGUGGUGGAAGCUGUCGAGGUAUGGGAAGGGGAGGCUUGCUUUGGCGAGGAAACUCAAGCACGUGGUUGGUGCUGCGGGCUCCCUGUGCCCUGCAACGUGGGCUUGCCCCAGGCAGGGCAGUGAGGUGAGGCUGCUGCUCCUUCCCCUGCGUUUCUUGGUGUAUGUUACACUGAGCCUGGGGCUUUCCAGCAGCUGCCGGAUACAGAGUUCUCCUGGAAACUUGUAUGUGCGGAUUUGGAUUUGCCUUCUACUAGGCUGAACCUUAACGAAGGGUAAUCAGAUCCUGAUACCCAGAAAGUGUCGGUGGCUCUGACAGCGCUGUGGUCACUGGCGUCUGUUUCUAUUUGUGUUAAUCAAAUGUAAAGCUUAGAGAAAGAUUUCCUUCCUCUUCCCUCCUCCUCUUACAGCCACCCACAGUUCGGUGUACCAUUGUGCAUGUUUUAGGGAUUGUUGCUGUUAUUGUGCUCAUUUCUAUGAUUUGUUGUCUAAUGUACAAAUACUUUUUAAAGAAAAUACUUCCUUUCCUUUUAAAGGAUGCACUGAGGCAUUAGUGUAAAAACAAAGUUAACUUGAUUUAAAUAAAAUCACUGUACAGGAA